AUGGCCUUGGGUACGAGCGGGUACGAGGGCAAACAGCUGCGAUCGCAAUGCAAGCAAUGCGGGGGCAGCAGCAUAUGCGAGCACGGGCGGGUCCGAUCGGGCUGCAAGGACUGCGGGGGCAGCAGCAUAUGCGAGCACGGGCGGCAGCGAUCGGGCUGCAAGGGAUGCGGGGGAGGAAGCAUAUGCGAGCACGGGCGGGUCCGAUCGGGCUGCAAGGAUUGCGGGGGCGGCAGCAUAUGCAAGCACGGGCGGCAGCGAUCGGGAUGCAAGGGAUGCGGGGGCAGCAGCAUAUGCGAGCACGGGCGGCGGCGAUCGGUCUGCAAAGACUGCGGGGGCAGCAGCAUAUGCGAGCACGGGCGGCGGCGAUCGAGAUGCAAGGAGUGCGGGGGCAGCAGCAUAUGCGAGCACGGGCGGGUCCGAUCGGUCUGCAAGGGAUGCGGGGGCAGCAGCAUAUGCGAGCACGGGCGGCAGCGAUCGGUCUGCAAAGACUGCGGGGGCAGCAGCAUAUGCGAGCACGGGCGGGUCCGAUCGGGAUGCAAGGGAUGCGGGGGCAGCAGCAUAUGCGAGCACGGGCGGCGGCGAUCGGGCUGCAAGGGAUGCGGGGGCAGCAGCAUAUGCGAGCAUGGGCGGGUCCGAUCGAGAUGCAAGGAGUGCGGGGGCAGCAGCAUAUGCGAGCAUGGGCGGGUCCGAUCGAGAUGCAAGGGAUGCGGGGGCAGCAGCAUAUGCGAGCAUGGGCGGGUCCGAUCGGUCUGCAAGGAAUGUGGGGGCAGCAGCAUAUGCGAGCACGGGCGGGUCCGAUCGCAAUGCAAGCAAUGCGGGGGCAGCAGCAUAUGCGAGCAUGGGCGGGUCCGAUCGGUCUGCCAGGGAUGCGGGGGAGGGAGCAUAUGCGAGCACGGGCGGCGGCGAUCGGUCUGCCAGGGAUGCGGGGGCGGCAGCAUAUGCGAGCACGGGCGGGUCCGAUCGGGAUGCAAGGAGUGCGGGGGAGGAAGCAUAUGCGAGCACGGGCGGCAGCGAUCGGUCUGCAAGGGAUGCGGGGGCAGCAGCAUAUGCGAGCACGGGCGGCGGCGAUCGGUCUGCAAGAAGUGCGGGGGCAGCAGCAUAUGCGAGCACGGGCGGCAGCGAUCGGUCUGCAAGGAGUGCGGGGGAGGGAGCAGCAGGAUGAGGAGGGCGGGGGUCGUCGGGACUCAUCGCGGGUAG